GUGCGUGGGUGUGUAGGAAACAGGUUAACCGGGAUAUUUAAGAGCAGGUGCAGGUUUCUGAGCUGUGCCAUCUGAGAAGAAGAUGACGAAAAUGAUCCAUGUACUCAGUGUAGCACUUUCCAUCACUCUUCUGAUAAGAGGAUGUGAUGCACAACUGGAUGUGUGCGGCAGAGCUCCUCUCAACACGAGGAUAGUUGGAGGGCAGAGUGCGGCGGCUGGUGCUUGGCCGUGGCAGGUCAGCCUUCAAAGGAACGGCGGUCAUUUCUGCGGUGGAUCCCUCAUCAACAGCGAAUGGGUUCUGACUGCAGCUCACUGCUUUUCAAGCACUACACCCGCUGGCCUGACUGUGUACCUGGGCCGACAGACACAGUCAGGAACAAAUACAAACGAAGUGUCCAGGACUGUGUCUGCAGUCAUAAAGCAUUUAGGCUACGAUGGCAGCACUAAUGACAACGACAUCACUCUUCUGCAUCUGUCUUCACCGGUGACAUUUACUGACUACAUCAGACCAGUCUGUCUGGCUUCAUCAAGCAGUACGUUCUUCAACCGAACUGCGAGCUGGGUCACCGGAUGGGGAAACAUUGGAUCAGGUGUUGCGCUGCCCUCGCCGCAAACUCUACAGGAAGUACAAGUGCCUGUUGUUGGAAACAGGCAGUGUAAGUGUCUUUAUGGAGUCUCAAAAAUCACAGACAACAUGAUAUGUGCCGGACUAUUAGAAGGAGGGAAAGACUCUUGCCAGGGUGACUCUGGCGGUCCUAUGGUCAGCAAGCUGGGCUCCCUCUGGGUCCAGUCUGGAAUCGUGAGCUUUGGCGAAGGCUGUGCUUUAGCUAACUAUCCUGGUGUGUAUACCCGAGUGUCUAAUUACCAGAGCUGGAUAAAUAACCAGAUCACCACCAGCCAGCCAGGCUUUGUUACGUUUACUUCCAAUGGUACUGACGGUGACCUGGCAAUUAGCUGUAAUGGUGUGCCUGCCAUUACCACAACCACUGUCGCCACCACAACAACAACUACAACUGUCGCACCUGUAGUGUGUGGAAGCGCCAAACUGAACACCCGUAUUGGAGGAAACAGCUCCCUCACCUCUUCCGUUGUUUGGCCGUGGAUGGCCAGCUUGCAGUUUAACGGCAGUCACGUUUGUGGAGGAUCGCUGAUUGCCGCACGCUUUGUCAUGAGCUCUGCCAGCUGCUUUAACAGAUCCACCAAAGCCUCUGACUGGACCGUCAUCUUGGGCCGUCUGAAUCAGAACGGCUCCAACCCUAAUGAGGUCUCUAUUAAAGUGGCCAAUCUCACAAUCAGCAAUGGUACAGGCGACAACAUUGCAGUCUUGCAGCUGGCCGUUGCACCAAACCUCACAAAUUUCAUUCAGCCUAUAUGUGUGGACAUGGGAGACAAUACCUUCAGCGCUAACACUCAAUGCUGGGCGGCAGGAUGGGGCUCCGGAGCAGGAGGAGUGAGUCAAACUCUUCAGGAGUACCAGACCUCUGUUGUGAGUUGUGGAAACUCAUCCUCAAACAGCAAUAUUUGUACAAGUUCCUUGAACUUACAGGAGGGCGAUCAGGGUGGUGCGCUGAUGUGUAAGCUGGGUCAGUCGUGGAUCCACGCUGCAGUCUUGACUGUACAGAGCAGCAGCAUCCAGACCAGCAUUUCAAACAGCAGCAGCUCUAACACAAGCUCCAGCAACAGCACCGCUUCCCGCACCGUCCGCGCUCAAGAUGUCCAGGUCUUCACCAAAACCUCCAACUACGCCUCAUUCCUGACAUCUGUUGUGGGCUCCUUCCCUGGAAAAGCCACAAACGCCACAAAUUCAACGACAAGCGUAGCAGGAAUCAACAACUCAACCCAGGGUCCCUCUAAUGGGGCCCAAACGGCUUCUUCCUUCUGUUUCACCGUUUCAGUCCUCUUGCCUGCCCUUACAGCUCUUAAAAUCUUUCAUUAAGGCUGAGUCUUUGGAGUAGAUUUAUUCAUUAUGAAUGGGUAUGUAAGUAUUCCGACACGUAAUAGAUGCCUUCAGUGUGCUUCCUAUGUGCUAUAACAUAAUCAUAAAACAUAAACAUUUUUUGUGGCACACAUCAUUUAUUUUUACUGUAUAAAUGUGAACUCUUAAGUUCUCUUAUUGUUAUUUCAGACCAUGAAGCUGCUGCCUGUUGUUUUUACACUGUACAACUAGUAACAAGUGCAUAGCUUAUACUUAUAUUUAAACAGUAGCAGAAGGUUGGCACUUUACUGAAACUUCCUGUUUGAGUGGAUUCAGUUCUAAUACUGACUACACUGUAGCUUAACUAACAAGUACCUCAAGCUGUACCACAUUUAGGACAUUACUGUAAAUUGAAUAUAUUGUAGAGAGAAUAUAUACAUCCACACAAUUUUUAGAAAAGUGUUUCAUAAUAUGAAAAUAAUAUGAAACUUUUAUCCCUCCUCUAUUAUAUUUUUAAUGAAAAGUUGCUAUCCUAUGAUUUCUUACGAAUGAAGAAACUCUUUUCAACACACCGUUUUUACACUGUGAAAUGUAAAUGUAUAUUUUGUUCUAAAAAUUAUUAUUAAAAUUCCAAAUAGUG